GUCUUUUUAUUCUCGUGCCUGAUCUUAUCUUUGGUUUUGUUCUUGAUUUCUCUUUUUUCAGUUUCUUGAAUUUGCAAUGAAGGGAGUGAAGGAGAGAUUGGCCAAGAAAAUCAAACUCAUCACAAUUGUUUCGACUUUGAAGAAUAGCAUUGAUCGAACAAUCCAUCACAUAAGAGACGAAGUAGUGGCUGAAUCUGGUCAAAGCAGAGGUUGUGUUACACCAACAAUACUAGAGCUUGAAGAUGUGGAAGAUCAAGAACACGAACAAGAUCUUCAAGAAGAAGAAGAAAGAGAGAUUCUCUUGGAGUUUGAAGAGAAUUGCCCACCUGGAGGAGAAGAUUCGGUCGUAUUCUACACGACGGGACUACGAGGAGUGAGGAAGACAUUUGAAGCAUGCAGAAGAGUAAGAUUCUUGUUGGAGAAUCACAAGGUGAUGUAUAAAGAAAGAGAUGUUUCAAUGGAUACAGAGUUUAGAGACGAGAUGUGGAGGUUGCUUGGAGGUAAAGUUACCUCUCCAAGACUGUUUAUUAGAGGUAGGUAUAUUGGAGGAGCAGAUGAAGUUGUGGCGUUAAACGAGAACGGGAAGCUCAAGAAGCUUCUAGAAGGGAUCUCACUGGUUGAUUCUCCUUGUGAAUGUUGCGAGAACGAAAGGUUUUUGAUAUGUUCUAGUUGCAAUGGAAGCUCUAGAUUGAUUGCAGAUGAAGAAGAGACUAGUAAUAAUGAUAAUAAGAUGUGGACAAGAUGCAGAGAAUGUAAUGAGAAUGGGCUUGUGAAAUGUCCUCUUUGUAGUUAAUGUUGUUGUAAUCACUACUAGUAUCUGAUUUAACUUUGUUUAAUGUCUGAACAUUAAUUUUUAUUUUUAUUUUCUUGUAUGAACAUUAAAU